AUGAACUCACCUUGCGGACCAAGACAGAAGACUACAGGGAAAAAAAGAGCUCACUACUGCUCAGAGUGUAGAAAAAGUUUUACAACACAGGAUCGUCUCAAAACACACCAGUGCAUUCACACUGGAGAGAAACCGUAUCACUGCUCUGAGUGUGGACAGAAUUUUAGAGAAAGUAGUGACCUCUGAAAACACCAGCGCAUUCACACAGGAGAAGAAUUGUGUCCCUGCUCAGAGUGUGGGAGAGUUUCAUGGAAGCUGGUACCCUCAAGAAACACCAGCACAUUCACACAAGAGAAAAACCAUAUUACUGCUCUGAUUGUGGGAAGAGUUUCAUGGCAGGUGGUACCCUCAAGAAACACCAGCGCAUUCACACAGGAGAAAAACCAUAUUACUGCUCUGAUUGUGGGAAGAGUUUCAUGGAAGGUGGUACCCUCAAGAAACACCAGCGCAUUCACACAGGAGAGAAACCAUGUCAUUGUUCAGAGUGUGGGAAGAGAUUUACUACACAGAGUAAUCUUCAAAGACACCAGCGCAUUCACACUGGAGAGAAACCGUAUCACUGUUCAGAGUGUGGGAAGAAAUUUAGUCGACAGAGUCAUCUCCUAUCACACCAGCGCAUUCACACAGGAGAAAAACCGUAUCACUGCUCAGACUGUGGACAGAAUUUUAGAGAAAGUAGUGACCUCCGAAAUCACCAGCGCAUUCACACAGGAGAGAAACUGUGUCACUGCUCAGAGUGUGGGAAGAGAUUUACUACACAGAGUAAUCUUCAAAGACACCAGCGCAUUCACACUGGAGAGAAACCAUAUCACUGUUCAGAGUGUGGGAAGAGUUUCAUGGAAGGUGGUACCCUCAAGAAACACCAGCGCAUUCACACAGGAGAGAAACCGUAUCAAUGUUCAGAGUGUGGGAAGAGAUUUAGUCGACAGAGUAAUCUCCAUGCACACCAGCGCAUUCACACAGGAGAGAAACCGUAUCACUGUUCCGAGUGUGGGAAGAGUUUUACUCAACAGAAUAGUUUCCAAUCACACCAGCGCACUCACACAGGAGAAAAGCCAUAUUACUGCUCAGACUGUGGACAGAAUUUUAGAGAAAGUAGUGACCUCAGGAAACACCAGCGCAUUCACACAGGAGAAAAACCGUGUCACUGCUCAGAGUGUGGAAAGAGUUUUACUACACAGAGUAAUCUUCGAAGACACCAGCGCAUUCACACAGUAGAGAAAACUUAUUACUGCUCAGAGUGUGGACAGAAUUUUAGAGAAAGUAGUGACCUCAGAAAACACCAGCGCAUUCACACAGGAGAAAAACCAUAUUACUGCUCAGAGUGUGGAAAGAGUUUUACUCAACAGAAUAGUCUCCAAAUACACCAGCGCAUUCACACAGGAGAGAAACCGUAUCACUGCUCAGACUGUGGACAGAAUUUUAGUGAAAGUCGGGACCUCAGAAAACACCAGCGCAUUCACACAGGAGAAAAACCAUAUUACUGUUCAGACUGUGGAAAGAGUUUUACUCAACAGGGUAAUCUCCAAAUACACCAGCGCAUUCACACAGGAGAGAAACCGUAUCACUGCUCAGACUGUGGACAGAAUUUUAGACAAAGUAGUAGCCUCAGAAUACAUCAGCGCAUUCACACAGGAGAGAAACCUUAUUACUGCUCAAAGUGUGGAAAGAGUUUUACUACACAGAAUCAUCUCCAAAUACAUCAACGCAUUCACACAGGAGAGAAACCAUAUCACUGCUCAAAAUGUGGGAAGAGUUUUGCUGUACAGGGUAAUCUUCAAAGACACCAGCGCAUUCACACAGGAGAGAAACCGUAUUACUGCUUUGAAUGUGGGAAGACUUUUAGACAAAGUGGUGCCCUCAAGAUUCACCAGCGGAUUCACACUGGAGAGAAACCGUAUCACUGCUCAGAGUGUGGGAAGAGUUUCAUGGAAGGUGAUACCCUAAAGAAACACCAGCACAUUCACACAGGAGAAAAACCAUAUUACUGCUCAGACUGUGGACAGAAUUUUAGAGAAAGUAGUGACCUCCGAAAACACCAGUGCAUUCACACAGGAGAAAAAUCGUGUCACUGCUCAGAGUGUGGGAAGAGUUUCAUGGAAGGUGAUACCCUCAAGAAACACCAGCACAUUCACACAGGAGAGAAACCGUAUCAAUGUUCAGAGUGUGGGAAGAGAUUUAGUCGUCAGAGUCAUCUCCGUUCACACCAGCGCAUUCACACAGGAGAGAAACCAUAUCAAUGUUUAGAGUGUGGGAAGAGUUUUAGCCAACAGAGUCAUCUUCAUUCACACCAGCGCAUUCACACAGGAGAAAAACCAUAUUAUUGCUCAGACUGUGGACAGAAUUUUAGAGAAAGUAGUGACCUCAGAAAACACCAGCGCAUUCACACAGGAGAAAAACCGUAUUACUGCUCAGAGUGUGGGAAGAGAUUUAGUCGACAAAGUCAUCUUCAUUCACACCAGCGCAUUCACACAGGAGAGAAACCGUAUCACUGCUCAGACUGUGGACAGAAUUUUAGAGAAAGUAGCAUCCUCAGAAUACAUCAGCGCAUUCACACAGGAGAGAAACCUUAUUACUGCUCAGAGUGUAGGAAGAAUUUUACUACACAGAAUCAUCUCCAAAUACAUCAACGUAUUCACACGGGAGAGAAACCAUAUCACUGCUCAGAGUGUGGGAAAUGUUUUUCUGUACAGACUAAUCUUGAAAGACACCAGCGCAUUCACAGGGGAGAGAAACCGUAUUACUGCUUUGAAUGUGGGAAGACUUUUAGACAAAGUGAUGCCCUCAAGAUUCACCAGAGGAUUCACGUCUGAAUGAAACUGCAUAUUGGCAAGCACCUGGUUGCAGGGGAACCCUCAUCACCUUGCCGGGCAAGUGGACCCAUCACCCACAAGAUCCAGCAAGUGGGACCAGUGGUGGGAGAUGGCAGGGAGGACCUUGGCGGCAUGGACCCCUGCACCGGAAACUGUCUCUUGGCAUGUGGAGACUAACCUCACUGGGGGAAAGGAGCCAGAGAUUGUGCAGAAGCUUGAAAGGUAACAAGAAGAUAUUGCUGGCCUCAUCUCCACCCACAAUUUCUGCUUUGAAACCAAACUCCUUGACUAGAGGGUGGUCUCUUCUUCAUAGGAGUUGCACAGAGCGAGAGGCACUGGGUGGGUGUAUACUCACAAGUCCCCAGCUGGCUGAUGUGUAGUUGGAACUUGUCCUGAUGGACGAGAUGGUCACCUCAAUAAAAAUUAACAUUGCAAGGAGGAAAACUCUGACUGUGUGUGCCUAAGCACCAAACAACAGUUCAGAGUAUUCAACCUUCUUGGAGCGAGUGGGUAGGUUCUGGAAAUGGCCCCACCUACAGACUCCGUAGUCUAGCUGAGAGACUUCACUGCUAAUGGUUACAAUGACUGGGAAGCCCAGAGGGGGUGAUCGGGAAAAACGGCCUGCUUGCUCUAAACUUGAAUGGUGAAUUGUUAUUGCACUUCUGUGUUAGUCAUGGUUUGUCCAUAAUGAACACCAAGUUAGAACACAAGCACAUUCAUAAUUGUACUUGAUACCAGAGCUCCUUGGAUCACAGGUCAGUGAUUGACUUUGUCUGAAAACACCUGUGAAGAGCUGUUAUUCAUUUCCUCAAUCAGCUCUGUGUUGAGUGAGAAGGGCCAUGAUUGAGACCUUCCGCUGAAUGGCACAGUGAUGAGUUGAGUUUUGCUGUUCUCACUGAUUAAAAGAAAACUGUUCAGUAUUUUUUUUAAUGUUGAGGGAGAGCAUUUUGGUCAGGCUUCAGCUGUAGAAGAGAUUAUCAAGGUCUUAUUGUCUGACUGUGUAUUGAUGCAUAACCUUUUCACAGUAUAUGUAUUUUCUGAGCUUCAUUCCCACAGUUUCUUUUUUCAUACAUUUUACUAGGCAUGAGUUUUUCAACUUAAUGUCUGCAUCACAAAUUGUUGCAUCGUGCAGAAUCAGGAAUAUUUUUAAUGAACUUGCACUUUUAAUUUCCAGCACUUUUAAUUUCCAGCACCGUUCAUUUUCUCUGCACAUCUGUUUCGUUUGUUUUGUUUAACCAUUUUGCUCCAUUAAAUUAAACCCAGAAUAAGACCACAAAAAGCCACAGUAGAUUAUGUGGAUCUUUUCAUAUUAUAUUUUUCAGCUUAAACAGAUAGAUUGUGACUAGUUAGAACACACACAAAAAAAAUCAUAAAUUAAAUAAUAUUCUAUUUUGACUUUUUUUUUUUUUUUUUGGAUUCAGAUCACCUUCAGUUGAGAGUACAAUGAACGCUAUCUUUGCUACUGCUUAUCUUUGUGUCUAUAAAGCUGUAUGUCCAGGCAGAUUGGAAUUCCACUAGUUUAUUCAGGCAUCAUCUACACUGUGUGCAGAAUUAUUAGGCAAAUGAAUAUUUUGAUCACAUCAUCCUUUUUAUACAUGUUGUCCUACUCCAAGCUGUAUAGGCUUGAAAGCCAGCUACCAAUUAAGUAAAUCAGGUGAUGUGCAUCUCUGUAAUGAGAAGGGGUGUGGUCUAAUGACAUCAAAACCCUAUAUAAGGUGUGCUUAAGCAUUAGGCAACUUCCUUUCCUUUGGGAAAAUGGGUCAGAAGAGAGAUUUGACGGACUCUGAAAAGUCAAAAAUUGUGAGAUGUCUUGCAGAGGGAUGCGGCAGUCUUGAAAUUGCCAAACUUUUGAAGCGUGAUCACCGAACAAUCAAGCCUUUCAUGGCAAAUAGCCAACGGGGUCGCAAGAAGCUCAUUGGGAAAAAAAGGCGCAAAAUAAUUGCCCAUGAAUUGAGGAAAAUCAAGCGUGAAGCUGCCAAGAUGCCAUUUGCCAUAUUUCAGAGCUGCAACAUUACUGGAGUAUCAAAAAGCACAAGGUGCGGGAUACUCAGGGACAUGGCCAUGGUAAGGAAGGCUGAAAAACGACCACCUUAUUAAUAAGAAACAUAAGAUAAAGCAUUAAGACUGGGCCAAGAAAUAUCUUAAGACUGAUUUUUCUAAGGUUUUAUGGACUGAUGAAAUGAGAGUGACUCUUGAUGGGCCAGAUGGAUGGGCCCGAGGCUGGAUCAGUAAAGGACAGAGAGCUCCACUCCGACUCAGAUGCCAGCAAGGUGGAGGUGGGGUACUGGAAUGGGCUGGUAUCAUCAUAGAUGAACUUGUGGGACCUUUUUGGGUUGAGGAUGGAGUGAAGCUCAACUCCCAGACCUACUGCCAGUUUCCGGAAGACUCCUUCUUCAAGCAGUGGUACAGGAAGAAGUCGGUAUUGUUCAAGAAAAACAUCAUUUUCAUGCAGGACAAUGCUCCAUCACAUGCAUCCAAAUAUUCCACAGCGUGGCUGGCCAGUAAAGGUAAAUAGUGGUAAAAAAAUAGUGACAUGGCCCCCUUGUUCAUCUGAUCUGAACCCCAUAGAGAACCUGUGGUCCCACAUAAAAUGUGAGAUCUACAGGGAGGGAAAACGGUGCACCUCUCUGAACAGUGUCUGGGAGGCUGUGGUGGCUGCUGCAUGCAAUGUUGAUCGUAAACAGAUCAAGCACCUGUCAGAAUCUAUGGAUCGGAAGGCUUUUGAGUGUCAUCGUAAAGAAAGGUGGCUAUAUUGGUAACUGUUUUGUUUUUGAAUGUCAAAUAUUUAUUUCUAAAUUUUGUGGUGUUAUUUGUUUACCUGGUGAAAAUAAACAAGUGAGAUGGGUAUAUAUUUGGUUAAGCUGCCUAAUAAUUCUGCACAGUAAUAGUUACCUGCACAAACAGAUAUCCUCCGAAGAUAGCCAAAUCUAAAAAAAAAAACCCACUCCAACUUCCGAUAAUAUUAAGCAUUGAUAUAUUUGAGUCUUUUGUGUUGAUUGAGAACAUAGUUGUUGUUCAAUAAUAAACAGAAUCCUCUCAAAUAUAACUUGUCUAAUAAUUCUGCACAUACUGUAGUCGUCGGUUUUUUAAGCUUGAGUAUGACCCAGAGUACCAAGCUUUCACUUCCUUGUCCGGUGCUGCUUUUUGUGUGUUAUAUCUGUCGUUCUCUGUUGGUUUGGAUUUCCCUGUUUUUGAGUCUUUUGGAUCACUGGCUCAUGGAUUUUGCAGAACAUGCUUGUUGAUGGAUGCAUGUACCUUUGCAAUUUGAGUGUUUUUAUCCAGGUUGCAUGGCCACAAAUCAGAUGUGUAUGUGAUCCAGAAUUAAAAAGAAUCUUCCAAAGGCUGACACUAUUGAUUAGGCCUCUCAUUCAUCAAUCCAAGUACAACCUUAAAUGUAAAUAAAAAGUUGUUGCCUGCUUAUUUUAUCCAGGGUUGGCAUGGUGAUUUGUUCUGAGGUGCUGUGCUUAACAAUUGUUGUGGUGUUUUUUUUUUGUUUUUUUUUUUUUAUAUGACGGUCACGUGUAACCAAUGUUUUGUACCUUCUUUGUUCUCUUAACCAGUGAUCUGUAACUCCACUUUUGGGGACUGUAUAACCUCAUGUAAAUGUAGCCUUUCUGGGUUCUUACCUAGAGCUUCUUCCCAGUUGUGACUUUAAAUGGACAUUAGUUUGAUUUAAUUGUGACUCUGUGAUAUGCUGUAGUGUUUAUUAGAGUUGGCCACCACUAUGUAUAUUCUAUAUAUUUUUUGUCUUUUUAUUACUUAAAUUUUGUAAGUUAUUUUAUUUGUCUUGUAGCAGAAAUAGAGUAAGACAAUUACUAUGAGUGAUCAAACAGGAAGCAUGGAACCUUAUUCAUUUUGCUAGGAUUUUUCCUUAUUAUCCAAGCAUGCAAUGUGUAGGACCCUGUUGUUAGAGUUUUUAUUCUUAUUCUUCUUCUUGAAUAAAAUGAAUUACCCAGAUGAAACUAAGUCCUAGAGACACUGGUCAACAGGUAGUAGUCCUGCCCACUAGUCAGGUGCUAGGCAUGAGCCCAAUAGGCCUAAAGGGGGAGCUAUUGCGCAAUGCAAUGUGUUUGGCCCUUUAACUCCUUCCUGAGAUUGUUGACGGACUAGACACAUAUUUUUCCUGAUUCCUUGGGUCCAACAAAACAACUUUGUAAUUUGGACCAUUUAGCUCUGCCUACUUAGAUUUUGAACUAAUUUACAUAAUAUGCACAAACUACUUUUGUUAACUAGUCCUACAGUUUUCACCCUGUCCUCAUGGAUUUGGUGUCAAGAAAUUCAGCAUAGCCUGAAACUCAAAAAUUAUUCAGCACAUUUUUAAUUUUAUAAACAAUAUGGCUGCCAUAUGCAAAUUAAUCCUUCGAGAAAAAUCUAAAUAAUUCUUAUUUAAUUGAAAAAUCUGUCACUUGAGAAUCCUUCACCCAAAUAAUUUGGAACUUGAUGGGUGUAUUCCAAAUGAGACUGUGAGGAAGUUACUGCGCAUAGGGUGUUAGGGGGCACUGUAAAUGCUACAUAGCUAUUUCUCAGCAUCCGUACAUCUGAUCAAGUUGAAACUUUGUAAGUAGCGUCUACUGGUAAGACUAUUAGUGGGUCUUUAGGAACACUUCGAUAUACUGAAAUUUAUGGCUGCCAUCAGCCAAUAAGCUUUCAGCAGCCUUUUGAUAGGCUUACGAUUGGCCAGUCAUCAUGAUACUUGAUACCUGUCUCUAUAUCGACACCUAACAAAAAUGUAUGGCCGCUUGGGGAUGCUAUUAAAGAAAACCAAGAGUGUCUUAUACAGAUUUUUACUUUUGGUCAAAUAAUAACUUCAUGCCCUCAUGCAGUGCAGUGUACUAAACACUUUUGUCAUUAUAAUUCCAUAAAAAAUGCAGUGUUUUUUUCAAUCAUUAUCUGUUUGUGGUGGUUGGUUAGUGUAGUGGUUAACACCUCUGCCUUCUACACUGUAGACUGGGGUUCAUUCCCCCACCAGGGGAAAGCAACCUACACUAUUCCAAUAAGAGUCCUUUGGGCAGCACCACCUCAGCCUACCUGUGUAAAAAAAAUGAUCAAAAAAAUUCUAAGUCGCUUUGAAUAAGAGCGUCAGCCAAAUGCUGUAAAUGUAACAUGUUUGAAAAUAGCACUUUUCAAACUAGUUUAUGGAAUUUGAAUCGAACUUCUCAAAACUGGUCUAGAAAUACUCUAGCCUCGCUAGGUAAAUAAUUAUCCAGCACAUUUAAAUUUUUUUACGCAUUGUGGCCCUGGCAUUGCUAGCUUACAUUGCUAUAGCUCAUCAGUCAUUGGUCUGAUCAUCUCAAAAUUAUAAAGAUAUCUAUAAAUUGAAACUCUGAUAUGGCUUGCAAAAGUUGAUGCUGAUUGGCCUGUAGGGGUAACUUUAACACCCAAAAACACCUAGAAUCUUUACAAAUGUUAUUUCAAUGAUUCUCCAAAGCCUAUAGAUAAAUAAGGAAUGUCAUUGGAUUCAGUUCACUGAUCUGAAUAACUUUGUAAUUACACAUUAUGUUAUAAAUUGGACAUCUUCUCUGGUAUUUUGAAUGUUUUAUUUAAAUUACUACAGCUUAUUAUACCAAGGUCAAAAGGUCAACCUGAAUAAAACUAGGUGAACAUCUUUGAUGGAGGUCCCUGAUCAAUUUUAAUAACGUGGAGACCUUUGGCCCCAUUCUGACCCACUUUCACUGAGGUCUUUUGGCUAAAAGGGCCAAUUAUGUAUGCCUUGGGUCUCAUUAUGUCAUGCUUAUCAAAGCUUAUAACAUGGAGAAAAAAAUACUUUGCAAACACAACAAAGACAAAAAAUUUACCAUUGUUCAUCUAUUUUUUCAAACCUUCGUAAAUUGAAAUGUAAACAAAUUGCUCAUGACAAUUAAAGGCCUGUUGUUGAA